GAUCAGACAGACUCCGCCCACUGUCGUGACGCAGCCUUAGCAGAGCAGAGUGGGGAAGCGUAGCCCAAAUAGCGAAUGCAGAAAGUGAUUAGGAGAGCGUGCACAACAGUGGACAUCGACAGACAUCGGAGACUUGAGUUCCUUAGAGACACACACCUGUUGAGCUACAGCAACGACUUACGACUUCUGCUUUCUGAAUUUCUUCGAGGCAAUCGGUUGAGGGUUCAGAAAUGACGGACACUCUUAUGCCCAAUGGUUGCAAGACCAACGGACCGGUGGAGAGUGGCUACUUCAAAAAGGGAUGUAAUCCAUUUGCUCAAACAGGCCGCAGUAAGCUGCAGAAUAAAAGAGCACUUCUCAACCAGCAAAUCAUCAAGCAGAUGAGGAUUAGAGCUGGAGCAGAGAACCUUCUCAAGGCGACGUCCAAUAAUAAGGUUCGGGAGCAGGUGGUGCUGGAGUUGAGUUAUGUCAACUCGGAUCUGCAGCUUCUUAUGGAGCAGCUGGAAGGACUCAACAGCUCGGUGGAAGUUUAUCAGGACGUACAAGAGACAUCCAGCAUCCCACUCAUCCCUCUGGGACUGAAGGAGACAAAGGAUGUGGAUUUCUCCGUUGCUCUCAAGGACUACAUCCUGGAACACUACAGUGAAGAUGGCUCAAACUUUCAGGAUGAGAUUGAUGACCUGAUGGACCUCAGACAGGCCUGUCGGACCCCCAGUCGUAAUCCUUCUGGUAUAGAUUUGCUUGCCAACUACUUCAGUCAACUCUCCUUCUUAGAGACCAGAUUCUUCUCUCCUACGCGCCAGAUUGGCAUUUUCUUUACAUGGUAUGACUCUUUUACCGGUGUGCCUGUGUGCCAGCAGAACAUCUCUCUGGAGAAAGCCAGCAUGCUCUUCAACAUGGCAGCUCUGUACUCCCAGAUUGGAACCCGCGCCAACAGACAAACACAAGCUGGACUCGAGGACGCCAUCGCUGCCUUCCAGAAAUCUGCAGGUGUGCUGCACUACCUGAAGGAGACAUUUACACACACUCCCAGUUAUGAUAUGAGCCCUGCGAUGCUGAGCAUGUUGAUCCGGCUGAUGCUAGCACAAGCGCAGGAGUGUUUGUUUGAGCAGAUUACUCUCCCAGGAAUCCGAAAUGAGUUCUUCAGCCUGCUCAGAAUAGCCCAAGAGGCUGUCAAGGUGGGGGAGACCUACAGUGAAGUUCACCAGUCCAUGAUCCAGACCCCCAUUAAGAACAACGUGCCCUUUUUCUGGACCACCAUGUCUGAGCUGAAGACCAAUCACUACAACUCUCUUGCCCAUUACUUUGUCUCCACUGCUCUGCUGGACCACCAGUUGACGCCCAGUGAUGACGAGGACAAGCAAGAGAAGGCUCUGUCACAACUAUAUGAUACCAUGCCAGAGGGACGUUCUCCUCUUGACAUCCUGAAAGAUAAAGAGGAGAGACGGCGGAUAGGUAAAGCUCAUCUGCAGCGCUCCCUCAUGGGACACGAAGAGGCCAUCCGCACACAUUCUCGCUGUCGACACCUGCAAAAACUGGACAUCCUGAGUGACAUCCUACAAGCUGGCCUCAAACGCUCUCUUACUAAGUUUGAACAAAAUGACAAGGAAGAAGAGUUCACAGACUACAUGCUUGCACCAGAUAUCAUCUCUAAAACAGAAAAGAAAGUUGAGAUGGAGAUUCCAGCUGCCACUAAGGUGAAAGUCAAAGACCUGUUCCAGCGGCUGGGGCCUUUGUCAGUGUUCUCAGCAAAGCAGAGAUGGUCAGCCCCACGAACCAUCAGACUGAGACUGCAGGACAGAGACCUUGGAUUCACUCUGAAGGGAGAUGCACCCGUUCAGAUACAGUCACUGGAUCCCCUUUGUCCCGCAGCGGCUGAAGGGCUGAAAGAAGGAGAUUACCUUGUUGCUGUGGGUGACACGGAGUGUAAAUGGCUGGGAGUGAGUGAUGUUAUGAAGCUUUUAAAGGAUGUGGAUGAGGAGGGCGUCAACAUCAGAGUGGUCAGCAUGUUGGAUAGCAGCAGCCAACCAAUGCCCACCAAGAGCGCUACAUAUGGCGGUCUGCCGAAGACCUACUCCAUGAUCUGCCUGGCACAUGAUGAGGACGAUAAGAAGUCUCGCAAGGUAGCAAAAAAACCAUCAUUCCUCAGCUGGGGUCUCAAGAACAAGCAGAAGAGCGGUAGUACACUGAGUCUGCCCAAUGCAGAUUACAACGGACCCAGGAACAGACCCUGCCCUACCUAUCGCAACUCAUAUAAUGAAAGUGCCCUCUACUAAACACACAAAACUGGAAUUAUACCUACACUGAUGGUGCAGCAACACAAUAUAUCACAAGAAAAGAGAGAGGGAUUUUUAGAAAGAUUGAAAUUUAUUACAGAUGAAAAUGUACAUUUUGCACAGAUCUACAGUACAAACAAAGGUGUAAGUUAAACCUUUAUUGCUAGUUUGGUUGUCUAGAAUAUCUCACCAAUAAAUUAAAGGAGAAAAUUGUGUUUUAAUGAAUCGGUAGAUAAAACACAGUGCAUGCUGCUUAUUGUUAUUUGUUUGUUUUAUUAUUCUUGUACUGAAUGGUGAAAUGGUGUGAUGAAGGAUUUUUUUCUUUUCUUUUUUUUGUGGAAACUGGCACACACAGGCAUCCUCCUCAAAGCCUGCAGCUGACAUGCAGACCAAUAUAACAGGGUUCUGUGAUGAUCUUGCAUCAUUGCAAUGGAAUUCUAACUCUGUCAAUCACUGUAGAAGAACAAAAUGUAGGAGAGGACAGUGAAUAGCUUUUGCCCCGGGAAUGUCUGUUCAACAAGCAGUAAUAUUAUUUUGUGUAACUUAAGUAUUAACAUACACUGAAGGGAAAUACCACGAUAGGACUCUAUAGUUAUGCGUAGUCUAAAGGUAUUGCCAAAUUCAAGCAAGAAGGAUCAAAAAUACAUCAGUGAAUACAAAUGCCAUCCUUAUUAAACUUUUGUUCCAUGUGUUUUACCUAGCACUUCUUCAGUGUUGGAAUAUUCCACUUGUCUACAAAGUAGAUUUUUAUACACAUUUGAUAAUCAAAUAAUUUAUAUGCAAAAUAAAGAGGACAAAAUAUCUAUAUAAACGUGUAUUCAUUUUAAGUAUUAGAAGUAUUUAGUUUUUUUUAUUGUGAAACUGUAGCCUGAUGUAUAUAAUCAUGGGUUGUUUUUGGCUACAUAUCUUUCUUUCUGUUACUUGGUGUAUGUUCUUCUCUUUAUAUAGUAUAGCUCAAAAAUGUACAGAUGGCAAGGUUUUUUUUUUUCAUAUCUUUUUGACAAUAUAUAACUUUUCAUUUACUUGUAGAAAACACUGCCUUUCAGAUGCCUUUAAAAUGCCUUAUCACAGUCUACACUGACACAAACUUACCUUGCUUGUAAAUACUUUGUUAUAGUCAAUGAAUGUAUCGUAUCCGUUUAUGUUUCUGCAAGUGCCACAUUCAGAAUUAUAAUGGCAAACACUGUUCCAAGAGAAUGUUGACAUUGCAAGGUUACAUAUUAAUGAUUCUUUGAAAAUGAUGUUGAUGUUCACAGUGCUUCUCUUUGGGGUGGGAACAGAAUCGGCAUCAGUGCUCUAAAUUCCAACUUUGUUACAAAAGGUAAAGCAGAUUUCUGGAUUAUUUUUUUUUUUGUGUCGACACACUAUGUGGAUUACUGUUGUGAUAUGUCUAGGGAAAUGUCUGGACUGUGAUGUCUGUCUGAAAUGUAUAUUGUUGCCUACUUUUGUUGUAUAUGUAAAUCUUGAUCUAAAUAAAAGGGGUCAAAACAGUG